AUGCAACCAAUGCAACCCCUUGAGUUCUACUUCAAAAGAAGUGAGUUCCCCAAGAGUUCCAAGAUACAAACUAAGUGCUUUGUGACCAAGACAGUAAAGCUCGUCAAGGGUAAGCCUGAGGCUGAAUGGUUCACAAGCCAUCCUCAGUUUCGACAUUUCUUCCACAUGCCAGACGAAGAUAACCUGAAGCUCCAGGGGAUGUGGAUGUUACUCCUGCGCACCAUCUGUACUCCAGAAGAUGGUGUUGCAUGGUUUGCGGUUAAUGGUGUACCCAUCCGCUAUUCUAUGAGGGAGCAUGCCCUCAUCUCUGGCUUAGACUGCGGUGAUUAUCCACCAAACUACGAGAAGUUGGAGGGUUAUAAGUUUGUGGAUUAUUACUUCCAUGACAGAAAGAAGAUCACCAUCAGCGAUGUGAAGCAGAAGAUGUUGUCUAUGCCACCGUGUUUAGAUAGAUUGAAGAUGACUGGUCGUCUAACAUUUGAGGAUCCAAUAAAGGAGAUUAAGCACGUGAUGAACAAUCUGAAGGGUGAAGUGAAAGAGGCAUGCGCCUUUCCUGGAUUCAUAAUCCCUUUAGAGGUUCUAGCUUUUGAGUGUAUUCCGGAUUUGGGGAAAGCGUUUAGAAUCUAUUCAGAUGACGCUAGUAAAGAUUGUCCAAGGAUGUGCAAGACCCGGUUUACAAAGUCCAGUCUAAAGGGUUAUCCUUUGGAAGACAUAUAUGCUGCGGUUGGAGACACAAAGGUUAUCAACAGUAUGUUAGUUCCAACUAUUGGUGAGCAAAUUAUGCUGGCUCGUAUCAUUGAUGAGGAGCGAGAGUAUGACCGUCAGAGCAGCCCAAGUGAUACUUGGAACUAUUGGUUAAAUGUGAAGCAAAAGAAUAUUUGGUGGAAAAGGCUAUAUGAGUUAGAUCAAGCUGCACGAGGAGUGUUGCCAAAAAAUAAAGACAAAGAAAAGGUGACGUUUGCAGAAGGAUCAUCCUUUAAUUCUGGUUUAGAUUCGAGGUUGCAAGGUCUGGAAGAGAGGAUUUUGGAGUUCAUGGGAGAAGGAUUUGUUGGAUUUCACGUAACGGUGGAGACAAAGCUAGAGGCUCUAGGCUCAAGGAUGAGUCAUAUUGAAAAGAACCAGCGGAUUUUGAGAAGAAGGGCUAAGAAAAUGGAAGAUAGGCUAACUUCUAUUGAGAGUAAGGUGGAGCCGAGUCAUGGUGAAGACAUGGAUUUUCGACAGUGGGACUAUGGUACAUAUGAAGAGAAGGAGAAAGCUAAUUCUGAGAAGGACAAAGCUAAUGCUGAGCAAGAGGCUGGGAAAGAGAACGAUAACAUCGAGAAUACUGAGCAAGAGGCUGAGAGAAAAAAUGAUGAAGAAGGGGAAGAGAAAGAGGCUGAUGACAAUGCUCAGCAAGAGGAUGAGAAAGAGAAGGAAAAUAGUGAAGCUGAUGAGCAAGACAAGGAAGACAGUGAGAGUGAGAUUGAUGAGUUGAAGCAAUUGAAGGAGAGAAGUAGAGCCCAAGCAGAUAAACCGUGGAUGGAGAGAAACAGGAUGAAGAAGAAGGUGAAGAGAAAGAGGCUGAAACCAGUGACGAAGAGAAGGAGAACAGUGAGGAUGAUGAGAAAGUUGAAGAAAAAGUGGUGGAAUCUGAGGCUGAAGGCGAAGAUGAUCAAGCAGAGGUUGAAGGGAAAGAAGAUCAAGAAGAAGAAGUUAAAGGGAAAGAGUCUGAAACCAGAGAGUAAGAAAAGGAGAAAAGUGAGACUGAUAAGGUGGAAUCUGAGGCUCGGGAGGCGGAGAUAG